CCCAGAAGGUUUUUAGUGAAGAAUACAAAGACACCGAGAGUGCCCAAUUCGAAGAAUUAUCAAAUGAAUUGAUUAACACUAUAAACCAAUUGUUCCAAGAGGGAUCUGCGUUGGUGAAUGUUGAAGUGUCGGGUUUCAGACCUGGUAGUAUCAUAGCUGAUCUUAUAUUGACAACCAAGGGAAUUUUCCCCCAAGAUAUGUACGAUACGUUGAGAUUAGCCAUAGAUGCCGGUCAACUGGGAAACCUUCAUGUCGCUUUGGUACCAGAAGGUACUGGUGCAAAAGGAGCUACCCCGGGAAGCACACCAGAUAGUACCGCAAUCACGCCAGAAGGUACCGGAAUAACGGAAGUACCCCCAGACGGAAUCACACCGGAAAGCACUGGAACAACAGAUACUGCACCGGAAAGUACUGGUACCACGGGAGUCACUCCAGAAGGUGCUGGAGCAACAGAACCCCCGCCAGACGGCACUGGCGAAACAGGAAUCACACCAGAAAGCACUGGAACAACAGAAACAACACCAGAAGGUGCUGGUACAACUGCAACCACGCCGGAAACUCCCGAAACACCGGAAACUCCGUCGAACGGCGCUGGCACGACAGGAAUCACCCCUGAAAGUACUGGUACGACACCAGAGAGUACUGGUACAACUCCAGAGAGUACUGGUACAACACCAGAGAGUACUGGUACAACACCAGAGGGUACUGGUACAACUCCAGAGGGUACUGGUACAACACCAGAGAGUACUGGUACAACUCCAGAGAGUACUGGUACAACUCCAGAGAGUACUGGUACAACACCAGAGAGUACUGGUACAACACCAGAGGGUACUGGUACAACACCAGAGGGUACUGGUACAACACCAGAGAGUACUGGUACAACUCCAGAGAGUACUGGUACAACUCCAGAGAGUCCUGGUACUACACCAGAGGGUACUGUUACCACACCAGAGAGUACUGGUACAACACCAGAGGGUACUGUUACCACACCAGAGAGUACUGGUACAACUCCAGAGAGUACUGGUACAACACCAGAGAGUACUGGUACAACACCAGAGAGUACUGGUAUAACACCAGAGAGUACUGGUACAACUCCAGAGAGUACUGGUACAACUCCAGAGAGUACUGGUACAACACCAGAGGGUACUGGUACAACACCAGAGAGUACUGGUACAACACCAGAGAGUACUGGUACAACACCAGAGAGUACUGGUACAACACCAGAGGGUACUGGUACAACACCAGAGAGUACUGGUACAACACCAGAGAGUACUGGUAUAACACCAGAGAGUACUGGUAUAACACCAGAGAGUACUGGUACCACACCAGAGAGUACUGGUACUACACCAGAGAGUACUGGUACCACACCAGAGAGUACUGGUACCACACCAGAGAGUACUAGUACAACCCCUGGAACAAGUACAGGAGAUGCUUACAACGACGAGUGUCUGUGUGCACACAACCAAAAGAGAGAGGCUCACGGAGUUCCACCCUUGGUGUGGUCUGCCACGAUUGCGGCCUCGGCAAAGGAAUAUGCCGAAAAACUGGCCGCUGCCGACAGCACGAAUCUUGUCCACGAAAAAAGUGGUUAUGGGGAGAAUCUCUUUGUUGAAUUUGGCAGCGGUAUUCCAAAAGAGAAGAAAGGAACAUGCGUCAAAGCCGUGGAUAAUUGGUAUGAUGAAAUAGGAAUGUACAACUUUGACAACCCUGGAUUUAGUUCAGAGACAGGUCAUUUUACACAAGUUGUUUGGAAAGCCUCGAAAGAAGUAGGUGUCGCCGAAGUUGUCACUUCCACAAAUAAGCGUUUUAUUGUCGGUCGCUACAGUCCUCCUGGAAACGUUAGAGGACAAUUUCAAGCGAAUGUCCCGCGGCCCGUUAAAGGUUCUCCAGCACCAGCAAGCACUGAAUGCAUAAAUGCGGGAUCCACAAACACCCCCACAUCAAAGGAAGGUGGGGAACCGGUUCCAGAGGCACCUGUUUUAGAACCAAAGCCUGAAGAAACUCCCGCUCCAAGUGAAACUGUAACUCCAAAUCCCCUCACUCCAAGUGAAACCGAUAUUUUGACCCCUGCUCCUCCUGCUUCAGGUGAGACUGGAAGUGUAACCCCUAAUCCACUCGCUCCAAGUGGAACUGGUUUACUGACUCCUUCUCCUGGGACAAGCCCGGUUCCAGAGGCGCCUGUUUUAGAACCAAACCCUGAAAAACCUGCUCCUCCAGGUGAAACUGUAACCCCAAACCCUCUCACUCCAAGUGAAACCGAUAUUUUGACCCCUGCUCCUCCUGCUCCAGGUGAAACUGGAAGCGUGACCUAA